UAAACUCAAAACACGGCAUUGCAUGGCUGUCGUAUCUAUAGGAUGUAGUCAAAUGAAGCGCAAACAUAGAAAAUUAAACUUAUAAAAUAUGUAAUAUCCGACAUAUGACAGUAAUUUAUAAAGAGGUGCCGACUUGUGUGGCAGUUUGAGCCCCUGAGCCCAAUUCAGAGAGCAAAGAGGACGCAGAGGAGGUUAUCGAAGCUUCCAGUGACCUGCAGUGGUCUUUUAAUUACAAUGCGAAUGAUGCCAGUAAGAGAGCUUCCUGAGGCAUUAUGACAACACUGACAAGGGCAUGGUCAUGGCUGUCUCUUCUGCAGCGGCCCUUCACGCGCAGCUGCCCCAGAGCAGCAGCGACCUGCAGACUCCCCCUCACACACCACACCGCAGCCGUAGUCGGCGUCCUGCAGCACCGCCAGAGGUACGAGCCGUACUCCAGGGCGUUUACGCUUUCCGCGUGCAGACUGAAGGGCACUGAUGACUUCAGCAGCGGAUACCCAGAGGAGGAAGAAGACGAGGAUGAAGAGCUCCCGGAGGACCGUGAGGUAGAAGAGCUGUUUCAGCAGCAGGGUUCUGCAGGGGUCGGAGAGGGACAUCACAGGGUGUUCAUCGUCCACCCGGAUGUGAAGUGGGGGAGCAGGAAGCAGCAUCUGACCACCGCUGAGCUGAUGAUGGCUGAAGCUGUGGGGCUUGUGAAAACUUUGAACAACUGGAUAGUGGUGGACAACAUCAUCCUCUCCACCAAGACACCAGAGAAGAAGAGGAUAUUUGGCAAAGGGAACUUCCAGUAUCUCACAGAGAAAAUCAGGCAAACAGCAGGAAUCACUGCGGUGUUUGUGAAUGUGGAGCGUCUGUCCCCUCUGUCUGAGAGGGAGUUUGAAGAAGCCUGGGGGGUGAAAGUCUUUGACAGAUACUCAGUGGUCCUCCACAUUUUCCGCUGCAAUGCCAGAACCAAAGAGGCCAAGUUACAGAUCUCCCUUGCAGAGAUCCCCUUGUUAAGAUCACGUCUAAGAAAUGAAAUUGCGAACUUGGAUCAGCAGGGAGGAGGAACAAGAUACAUCGGUGGCUCAGGUGAGACGCUGUACGAGGUCCAGCAGCGGCUGCUGAAAGAGCGCGAGAUGAAAAUUCGCUCAGCUUUGGAGAAACUUCGUAAAAAGAGGCAGCUCCUGCGAUCUCAGCGUAAACACAGAGAGUUCCCCGUUGUGUCUGUGUUGGGCUAUACCAACUGUGGAAAAACUACUUUGAUCAAAGCAUUAACCGGCGACACCAGUCUCCAGCCCAGGAACCAGCUUUUCGCCACCCUGGAUGUGACCGUCCAUGCCGGCCAGCUGCCCAGCCACAUGACUGUGCUGUAUGUGGACACCAUCGGCUUUUUAUCCCAGCUCCCCCAUCGGCUCAUUGACUCCUUCUCCGCCACCCUGGAAGAUAUCAAACAUUCAGAUCUUUUGGUACAUGUCAGAGACAUAAGCCAUCCAGAGACGGUGAAUCAGAAGGUCAACGUUCUGAAUGUCCUGAAAAACCUGCAAAUUCCUGACAGGCUGAUGAGCUCAAUCAUAGAGGUCCACAACAAAACUGACCUCAUUGACAAUUAUCAGUCCACGGAGCCGGGCGCGCUGCCCACAUCUGCAACGGAAGUGCGAGGCCUGGACGAGCUUAAGAAAGCAGUGGAGGAGGAGCUCGUACGGUCGACUGGAAAACAAACUUUAGAUCUGGAAGUUAACCUCAGCACUCCUCAGUUAAGCUGGCUGUACAAAGAAGCGACCGUCCAGGAUGUGCAGGUGAACGCAGACGAAGGCUCGGCAGUUGUCAAGGUCAUCAUCAGCACUGCUGCUUACGGCCGCUACAAGAAACUGUUCGGAAGCAGAUGAGGAAGGACGGAGGGGAGUCAUCCUUCCUGCUGUGUGAUGGCAGGAACAAAUAAAGACUGAAAGACAACUUAAGAAAAACCUGUAUUUACUGAACAGUAUAUAGAAUAUAUCUGAUGGUACAUAUUUGUAAGAGAAUAAGAUAUUUUCUUGUAAACAUACUGACUGCACAAAAGAGAUAAAGAGAUAAAACACACAGAAUGUGCAACAUAAAGAAAAAAUAAACAUAAAUUUCAAUGAA